AUGGGUCCACGUGGAUCCCAGGACACCAAUGUUGGUUUAGAUGUAAUUUUUCUAAAAACAGAUUUUAAUACAAUAAAAAGCAAGUCAAGUAAAUGGAAACCGAUUGAUCGUGUUGAAUUAGAAUCAUUUAUCGGAUUAGUAAUUCGAGCUGGUUUACAUAGAAAUAAUUAUGAAUCUUUCAAUGAUUUGUGGGACAUUAGUCAGAGCUCUCCAUUGUAUCGAGGUACAAUGUCUCUUCAACGUUUUAGGCAAUUUCUUCAAUUUCUUCGAUUUGAUGAUCGACAAAAUCGUGAUAAAACCGAUCGUUUGUCACCCAUCAGAUAUAUAUUUGAACUGUUUAUCAAACAACUUCCUCGACAUUUUGUACCAAGUGAAAAUUUAACAGUUGAUGAACAGCUAGUUGCUUUUCGAGUUGAUCAAUUAUCGAAUGAUGUUAAACAAGGCCGUACCAUUACAUUUGAUCGUUAUUUUACGGAUAUCAAAUUAUCGGAGGCUUUGCUAGACCGGAAGAUGACUUCUAUUGGUGUAGUUGAUUAUCGACGUGUUUUUUUGCCGAAUGAACUUACAGUUUGUCGAAAAAAACUAUUUUCAUCAUGGUUUUAUUUUUCAAAUUCACACAUGCUUGUUUCAUAUCAAGCAAAAGAAAAAAAAAAGCCAAUAAUACUUUUAUCUUCACUUCAUAAAAAUGCUGAAACUUUCGAUGAUGACAAAGAAUUACCAUGCCUUAUUCACGAUUACAAUCAGUCGAAAUACAGUGUGGACGUUAUUGAUCAAUGUGUUGGAACGUAUUCUGUUCAAAGAAUUAGUCGACGAUGGCCGCUAAUUGUCUUUUAUAACAUGAUUGGCUUAGCUGCAAUCAAUAGUAUGACUCUGUGGUUAUCUCAAUAA